AAAUUUCGCGACAAUUUCAUUAAUUUUAUAAAUAAAUGUGAUAAUAUAUAUAUGUAUAUACUCUAUAACAAAUAACAGUCCUCUCGUCUCUGAGAUAUUGAAAUUCUGAUUUCUUCUUUAAAAAGACGGACUUUUUCUUCUUUGUUUAUUUAUUACGUGAUGAAAUAGGAAAUAUUUCAUACCGCGCUGGUUUUGGAGGUCUGGGUGAAGCCGGAGAUCCGUCGUUUUUUCUCCCUGAAUUAGGGUAUUCUUCUUCUGGUUCUCAUUCCUAUUGCAUCUCUGCAAACUAGUCGAUUCAAGUGUGGGAUUGCCGAUUGGGAUAUUUUGAAUCGAAUCCUCUGUUUGUGUCGGUUGCGCCUCCAAUGCACGCCGGAGUCUAGGGUUAUGAAUUUACAUCGGUAUUUGCGGAGAUGAUCAUAAAGCGUUCGCACAGGGCGCAAAUGCCGAGCCUCAAGCGUUGCAGGGCGGAUUCGGACGAAGGAGGCGGGGUGGUUGGCGUUGGGCGUAGCGCGAAACGGUGGAAGAGCAGCAAGGGGGAUUACUUCUUAUUGGAGAUGCUUGGGGAUUUGGGCAGUUUCGCCGGGAUUCCGUACGCCGCAUGUAAUGACUUGGGGCCGUCUACGAGCUCCGGCGAGGUCGUAUCCGGGUCGAUAGCCAGCUGGGGCCAGCCGCGGCGGCGGCGGCGGUCGCUGGCUGUGAGAACAAAGCGGGGACGUGCGCAGGUGCUUCCUUCGCGGUUCGGUGAUUCGUUCACCAUUGAAACCUGGAGGAAGGAGAAGUUCGAGUCUGGGGUUAUUGAUUCCGAUUUCGGAGAAGUUAAUGUGAUUGAAACUGAGUCGAAGAAUUCUUUCGAAUUAUUAGGAAAACAGGAUUGUUACAGAGCGUGCUGGAAUAUAAAAUCAAUGAAGAAAUCUCUUUCACCGAGCACUUUGACGUUUCUUCAUGAGUCGUCGGAGGGAGAAGAGGUGAUGGUUUGCCCGGUGUUGCCGAAUCUAGAUGAAUCGGUGAGAAAUUUAGGGAAUAUAUCGGCUGCUAAAAUGUCAAAGAGAGAAUAUCUAAACUCUUCCAUGAAGUUUGCUGUGGGGGAUGUGGUCUGGGCUAAGCCAGGGAACACAUAUCCUGCUUGGCCAGCUAUCGUCGUAAACCUAACGCCACAAGCUCCCGAGCCAGUUUCUAAAUCCCUUAACGUUGGAUCCAUUUGUGUGAUGCUCUUUGGGUAUUCUGGAAGUGGAGAAGUCAUGCGCAAGUGUGCUUUGGUGAAGCAAGAGAUGGUUUUUCCAUUUAUAGACAAUCUAGACAGGUUCCAGGGGCAGACAGAAUUAUAUAACAGUAAGCCCUCUGAGUUAAGGUUGGCAAUAGAGGAGGCUUUCCUGGCUGAGCAUGGUUUUAUGGGAAUGGAGGUGGAUGGGAUGGACAUGUCCAGGCUGCACACAUAUCCUCGUGAUCCUUUCUAUGGUGAGUUUCAAGAAGCGACAGGCUCCAACCAUGAUCAGGAAUGCUUACAGGACGUGAACAAUCCAGGCCUUCAUUGUGACAAUUAUGUGGCUUGCCUUUCAAUUGCAAGCAUAAAGAAAGUGAAGGGUGAUUUAGAAGGCUCGCUUUUGAAAAAAGCCCACACCAGGCAGAGUCUGGAAGAUGGUGAUUAUUCAUCUCUUGAGUGCGAGUUGCAGAAUAAGUUUGAUUUACCAGAUACAGAGAAGAAAAAAGAACAAGUUAGAAAUUUGCAAGUCUCUGCACCCCAGAAGAUUCUUGUUUGCUGUUGUGGUGUGGAGGGGACAUACUUACCUGAGCAACAUGUGGUGAUAUGUCAUUGCCACACUUGCAACGGGAAAAAAGCCAAACUUAGUGAAUGGGAGCGUCAUACAGGUUGUAGAAGUAAAAAAUGGAAGAUCAGCGUCAAAAUCAAGAGUACCAUGAGGCCACUCGGGGAAUGGAUUGGACAUCACCUUAACAAUACAAUACCAGCCAAUCACGCUAAACAACCGUCUCUUAAAGAGAGAAAACAAAAACUAGUUACUUUGUUGCAAGAGGCUUAUGAACCAGUCUAUGCUAAAUGGACAACUGAAAGGUGUGCAAUUUGCAGAUGGAUUGAGGACUGGGAUUAUAAUAAAAUCAUCAUUUGCAUCAGAUGUCAGGUAGCUGUCCACCAGGAAUGCUAUGGGGUGAGAGGUGAACGAGAUUUCACAUCCUGGGUUUGCACAGCAUGUGCAACACCUCAACAAAACAAGGAAUGCUGCCUUUGCCCAGUAAAAGGUGGGGCUUUGAAGCCAACUGAUGUUGAUUGUUUGUGGGUUCAUGUUACAUGUGCCUGGUUUCAGCCCACUGUUUCUUUUGCUAACGACAUAACAAUGGAGCCUGCUGUGGGAAUAUUGAAUAUACCACCACAGUCUUUUAUGAAGAUAUGUGUAAUAUGUAAGCAAAAGCAUGGUUCAUGUGCACAAUGUUGUAAGUGUUCAACCUAUUAUCAUGCAAUGUGUGCAUCAAGAGCUGGAUAUCGCAUGGAGUUACAUUGCUUUGAGAAGAAUGGAAUACAGACAACAAAAAAGCUAUCAUUUUGUUCAUUCCACAGGGCACCUAACCCAGACACUGUUUUGAUUAUACACACGCCUUCUGGUAUCUUCUCUAGCAAAAAGUUGCUCAAGAAUAAUGAUAAGAAAUCUGGCUCACGGUUAAUUAAGAAAGAUGCUCCCCUCAAUUUAGUGUUACCCAACAAUCAGUCUAGCCCCUCAGAUGCUGCAAGAUGCAUAGCUUAUAACAAGAUGCAAAAUCAGCAAAACAGAGAAUUUGGCAUCCCGCACCAAGUGAGAGGUUCACUGCAUCAUUCUUUAGAUAAAAUUGAAUGCUUGAAUGCAUCUAAGGAUGUGAAGAAAUCGUUUUCAACAUUCAGGGAGCACCUUCGUUAUUUGCAGUCGACUGAGAGAAGUAGAGUAUGUUUUGGUAGAUCUGGAAUUCAUGGAUGGGGCCUGUUUGCUUGUAGAAAGAUUCAAGAAGGAGAAAUGAUACUGGAAUAUCGGGGUGAGCAGGUCAGACGUAGCGUUGCUGACUUGAGGGAGACCCGGUACCGUUUGGAAGGAAAAGAUUGUUAUCUUUUUAAGAUCAGUGAUGAAGUAGUUAUCGAUGCUACAAACAGAGGAAACAUAGCACGCUUGAUUAAUCACUCUUGCAUGCCCAACUGCUAUGCAAGAAUUAUGAGUGUUGGUGAUGGUGAGAGCAGGAUUGUUCUCAUUGCCAAAACAACUGUUUCUGCCGGCCAUGAGCUAACCUAUGACUACUUGUUUGACCCUGAUGAAAGUGAUGAUCGCAAAGUUCCCUGCCUGUGCAAAGCUCCAAAUUGCAAAAAAUUUAUGAAUUAGGUAGCUGUACAUUCUACACCGAUCUCUUUGAACCACUUCUUUCUUUAUUCCCCCCCUCUUCUGGGAGAUUUUUACAUCAAGUUCGCUGUCUAUUUACCGAAGGUUUUUCAAUUCUUUAUAGUGUAGAGUCACUUGAGUAUCAUUCUUUUACGGUCGGAACGUUGAUCUUUUUUUUUUUAUUCUAAUGUAGCACGGCAGUAUUUUUUUCAAUAUAGUAUUUGUUUCAUUAUUUUCCAGAACUAAAAACCCUUAUGUAAACUUAAAAUAUUAGCAUUAGCCUGUUAUAUAUGAUUUGAGGAUUCAUACUUCGGUUCUCUC